UCUAACUCAGAAUCACAUACCUUGGAGGUAAAAAUGUCCACCCAGGAAGAGGGAAGAUUUGGCAAAUCUGAUCUGGUAGGGUGCCUUUCCCUAAAGUUUUAGUUUUCAGACACACUUUUCCUCUCCUCCCUUUUAUUCUCUCAGUUCCUGGACUUUUCCCUCAGAGCCCUCUGAUGCCUUAGACUUUUCCCUGCUUUUAUCUUCCUUGCUCAGGUGCUUUUACUCCUUUUCCAGAAGGCAGGCAUCACUACCUUGAGUUGCCCCCAUCAUUUUCCUCCCUUGCCUCCAUCUAGCCAAACUGGUUUGAGUCAGCUACACCCCCAUAUGAGCUCCUGGGGCUCUUCAGGUGGUGGCUGGCCACCCAGCCCCACCCCUGGGCUUGGCUUGGAGCCCUGAGUCAGCUCCAUGUCUACCCAAGCCAAAUCAAACCUGAGGCAGAAGCCGAAACUCACAGUACCUCAAGGCCUGUAGCCAGGUGAUGGAGGACAAGGAGAAUGCAGUGGAGAUCUUGGUGAGCAACACGGAAGCUGCUCAUUCUCCAUCCCCCAUUCGCUGCUGCUGGCUCCGCCUCCGCUACUUGGCAGCUACUAGCAUUAUCUGUGGCUGCUCUUGCCUGGGAGUCAUGGCCCUUGUGUUUGCCAUCAAGGCGGAAGAGCGGCAUAAGGCAGGCCACUCCGAGGAAGCAGUGCACUGGGGGACCCGGGCCCGGAGGUUCAUCCUGGCCAGCUUUGCUCUCUGGCUUGCCGUCCUCGUUCUGGGCCCCCUACUUCUGUGGCUGCUCUCUUACGCCAUCGCCCAAGCUGAGUGACCAUGGGUGGCCUCUGCUGAGAGCUGAGACCUGGAUCCUUCCUGGCUGGAGGACGGUGCCUCUCUCAAAGGGCUUUGGAAGAGGUCUUCCAGCCCUUUAUAAAAGGAAACGGCAACUGAGACUGAUGAGGGGAGGCCAGCCUGCUCUGUUCUUUCAGUGUUCAUCAUUCCCUGUUCCCCCCAAUUUACCCCAUCCUUGGGCCCUCUACCCAGAGGUGGGGUUGAAGACCAGGCCUGCUUUUAUUAGAAUUUGUUUUGUAAUAAAAACCUUUUUUAGUGGUGAAA